CCUCCGUCCAGUGCCGCCGACGACAACCAGAGAUCCGCCGCCCGUGGCCCCACUUCCAUCAAAUGCACUCCAUGGAGAAGGGAACCGACAUCACCGCCCCCUCCGUCCUCCUCAUCGGAGAAGAAGAGCAGAUCACCAAGAGCAACAGUGUCAAACGCCUCAUCAACGAUCUCAACAACCGCCACGCCAAGGCUCCGGAUCAAGAUGCUCCAAACCUUGCGCUAGAAUAAAUCCCCAAUUCGAGUAGUAAGGCAUCGGUGGGGGAAACAAUGCAAGCGUUGGGAGAAGGAUUCAUUAGAAUGGAGAUAGCACAACAGAUUGAAGAGAUGCUGUGGAGAAUGGGGGUGAUUCAGUUUCUGGAGGUUAAAUUAGUCAUUUGAAUCACCAAUUCUUGAUCAUUAGUCCAAUCCAGAUUUGAAUAUCACGAUUUUGGAGCGUUUUAAAUCAUGCAAAUUGUUGAAUGAACAGUGCGGGCCGGAGCCCAUAUAUUGGGCCUCACAGUUAUAACUCAUGCUUACUGAACAAAUGAUUUUGCUCAGAAAUGACCUAAAAACAUGAAGAGUUUCUCUUGAACACGCCAUUGCUCUCUACGACUGAUAAGGCAGAGGCUUGAAAACAGUAACACAUUUCCAUAGGGCACAGGCGAUCGUCGAAUUCGGCCGAUCGCGGACAAGUUCGGGUGGUGCGCCGGCGUGAUGGAGGAGAUCAAGCGCAUCGAGGUCGGGCCACCGCCCGCCUCCUCCUCAUAUUAUGAUGAUCGCUCGACGCAGGGGAUUAACCCGACCGCCGCUUCUGAGCAGAAUUUUAAUCGUGAUGGGCUAUCGGCGGUGCGUGGGCCCAGAGUCUCGGCCCCGCGCAGGAUCUUCGUUUUUUUCGGCAACACCAUGGCUGAUGCUACUAAACGAUCUCUCCUAUCCACCGCACUUGGCAGGUUAUCAGCUUUAGAUCGUAAGAUUAUGGCUGACACUGCAGUGAUUGUGCAUAAAAAUGCUGAAGGCGGUCAUAUAGGGCAGGAAAACGGGGGCCUUUCUGAGGUGAGAAAGAUAUCCCAGGAUUGUAUAGCCAAGUAUUUAGAGCUUACAAGCGAAAAUGAGUAUUUGACUCGCUUCAAGGAAUGGAUUUCUGAUUAUGAACUUGAUGCAACACGUGUGAGGAAGUUAAACAAGUGUCUUUCUGGUCGUUUGCAAGCUGCAUAUGAACAUUUCCGUAUAGCUCUGAAAGCUCUGUUUCGGGGUAAUACUGCAUCUGAUAAACAGACUUGUUCUUUUUCCCUUGCUGGGAAUACUGUAAUACUCAGGUGGUUACAUCGUCUGUGUCCUGAGCUAGAUACAAAUGAUCUCUCACAAGCUGUGAUUCAGCUAACUGAACUCCUCUCAGUAUCAACCAAAUUUUUUUGCCGCAUCAAAGAAGGAGUAGCCUGCCCUUUAGGAUCUUCUCGAAGAAUGCCUUCGUGCUGGUGUUGCUUUUUUCUCUUGCAAUGGUUUCCGCAGUGGACACUCACAAUUCAACUGGUGUAGUCUCGCCACCGUCACUUCAGCCUCUUAAUAUGGCUCAUCAGCUGGCCCCUCCUCCUCCGCCACCUAUGCGUGCGACAAGGAGAGGCUUUCUUCCGCUGGGCCCUCCUUCGCCUUCAGUAACAGAGUCAAAAACAGAAUGGGGGUUGUCACCCAAACCGAGCCCGCCAUCAUGCCUCCCAGAUUGCUACUGAUGAAAAUGGAGAUGGAGAUGGAGAAGAAGUACUUGAACUAUGGACUUCAGCCUCAUUUUUGUUGGGCUGUAAGAAUUCAGGAGAGCCUAUCAUGUUUUGCGAUGGAGAAAACUCAUACUGCCUUUUUUUUUUUAGUGUUCAAUCCUCUUGUGUUUUUAUCGCUACUCAUGUUUAUUGUUUAUGUUUCGCUGCAAAUUUUUGGGAGCUGAUCACAUUCAUCUUCGUCAACAGCUUUGUUGAUGGAGAAAGCAUGUAAUAAUGCUUUAUUUUGAGCAAAGGAAAGAGGAUAUAAAGGUUA